AUAGAUAUUAUACACACUCAGCGAUCGAAUCGAAGCAAUUCUAUUGGUUCACCUUGUUACCAAACUGAAAAGCGAGAACCAUAAAGUAGGAAAAGUGAAAAAAAACAUGGUUCUUCAACCUUUACUAUUACCAUCUCCACCCAACACUGCCGCACACAAAAUGGCCACUACUACUGCACCGCCAACAGCACAUGGGAAUACGACAGCCAUAACCAAUACCGCAACAACAAAUACUACGAAUCACCAUAAAAAGCAUACCCGACAUCAUGUCAAGCGACGAUCCACUGGCCGCGUCCAUGUGACAAAACUAGCGCCCAUGGCCAGAGCCAAUGCUUCUGCUCACACCGACACUGAAGCCGACGAGUACGAUCACACUGGCUCAACAAAACGACCUCACAUGCGACGCUCUCAAAGUCAACGAUCCCUAAAUAGACUUUCUUCAUUUGAGCGAAAAGGAGGAAUGACCGCCAUGGCUCCACUCCAUCCUCCUCAACCUCAAAAGAACACAGCAAUUAGUAAUAGUGAGAACAAUAAUAGCACCAUUACGGCUAAUACGUCGACGAUUUCACCACCGACCACACCUCCUUUGCAAGCAAAAGGCAAGCAACAACAACAACGGUCUUUGCCGCCGCCGUCGUCGGCCUCCUCCUCCUCCUCCUCUUCGUCGUCGUCCUCAGAAGAAGUGGAAGAAAUGGAAAUAAAGAAGCACCAGCAACGUUUGGAAAGAAAUGUGGAAGAGGAUCAAGAGAUUGCUUGUCCAACACCGUCUGUUUCGUCACCUACUGUGCUUCGUAAUGACUGCAGGAACAGCAACAAAAGCCUUUCAACCAUUGCCAGCAAACCCUCCAUUUUGUCACAACGGGGAACAGCCGCACCGAUUGAGCAGACGUUCAAUGCUGUCGCAAACAAUCUGGUUGCACCUGAUAAAGCUGCUUUGCCAGCGUUCCAUAAACAAGCCACGUCACCGUCUAAAUCACCGUCUUCACAAUCCGAUUCACAUAAAACGAAGAAGCGUAUGCCUCCAUUACGCUCUCAAUUCAUCGACGAACAUAGCCAUCAUCAUAACAGCAACAACAGUCAGCAACAACAACAACAUCCGGAGUCUGUCGCCGCUGAUCCUCAUCACUCUCAGCAUAGCAACAGUUUGAAACGAUCCAACAUGGAAAAGUCGCCACGACAAAGCAAUGUUGCAUCAGCCGCUACUGCACAACCGCCCGGGAUCUCACGUACGCAGCAAAAGCUUUUGUUACAACGACAGCACUGUCUUGUCGACGACGAGAACAACCUGGGACAUCCGCGCAACAUGUUGCGAUUAACAAGGGAAUUAGAGCGUGUGGGUCGAGAGUAUCGAUGUGUACGACGGUAUCGAGAUCCAAUGCUGGAAAGUCUACAACGAUGUGCAUCGGCAGGGAAUGUCCAGCAGCAAGAGCAUAAUCCCCAUCCACGUCGUUUACAAGUCAACCAUCGUACCCGCUCAUUCUCUGUACUUCCGUCCUCUUCCAAUGGUGCCUAUGACCAUCCCGACAAUGACCAUCCUAUCCCUCAUUCAGAACAACGACAAGCCAUCCAUCGUCGUCAACAACAACUCAAACUGCUUGCCAUGGCCAAUCAUCACAGCAAUGGUGGCAACAGCAAUCACAGACAUAGCUUGCACACGUAUUCGUCUGGUGGUAUGCAUUCGUCAUCGCACCAACAGCAACAGCAGUCCAACACGGCAUUGGAUAUGAUCCGUUGGAGUGCGGGUGCUCUUCUGGAUCGUGUUUGGUAUGGUGGCAAUGGUUCUAGUUAAGCACUGCUGGGCAAAUCCUCCAAGUAGUUGUGCCUCUUUUUAUUUGAGAUUGUUUGCGAGCUUCUCUUCAUUCCCAUGUUCCUUUUUUUUUAUUUGAUUUCCUGAUUGUAAAGUAACUUUUUUUCUUGUUUCUUCCCCAACUUGCUUUUACUCUAAUCUUAUUAUUAUAGCAAUAUCUCAAUCCUCCUUCUCCAUCUCUCUGUGUCCGAGUGUUUCCAUCAUUUAUCUAUUCACCUACCUAUCUAUCUGUUUUUAUAUGUACUAUCUUCUUGAGCCUUUUAAAAGGAUCCUUUAUUUUACCCAAAGUGUACAAUGUUAAAUUAAACGAAAGUGUACAAUAGUUGACUGCUUG